GUGAACACGAGAACUCUCCCUAGUGGAGAGCCGACGCCAGUGGCUGCUGCCUCUGCCUGCCUGCGAGACACACACACAGAGCUCUUCCUAGCACCACAUCACACGCCACGCUCUCCCCCACCGCUCAUGCAUUUCCAAAAGUAGCAGGGAAUUCAGCUUCAUCAAAUCAUCUGCCUGCAAAGCCAGGAGCAUUACAGAGAUUGCUUCAUCCUGACCAGAGCCGGAACCCAGCCUGGAAACGGUGUCUGCUGAAACGACUCGCCACUCCUCCCCCUCCUCUUCCCCCUGUUGGAUUCGAGAUCUCAGUGAAGACAAUUGCAGUAAAUGAGGACAUUUCAGGAGUGCGUGGCUGCUGCCGCCGCUGCCUAGAGGCGAACGCUCUCUUGGUCACAGCUGAAUAAAUGUCAGUGUGAUAGCUAAAGGGGUAGUGGUGAUCAAGUCUCCGGAAAGCAAAAGAACAUUUCCAGCCGGUCUAUCUUGCAGCAGAUGCUCUACACCCGUGGAUCGUUUCCCUGCAAGCUUGCAGAAGUGAACGAAGAGAAAUGCAUCACAAAGGAAUUGCACAGACUUUUAGUUAUUUUUAAGGCAGCGUAAGGCAUCAUGGUGAGUAAGGAAUCCAGCAAAUGCUUACUCACAACCUCAGAAAGUGAAGUUGAGCCAGCAGCUUCCCUUGCUUUGGAGAUGAAAUAUGCAUUGGAUCCCAAUCGACAGAUUAAGAAAAGAAACAAAGCCCUUCAGGUGAGAUUUAAAGAUAUCUGCGAGGCCCAGAAUGAACAAAGGGACAAACAACUAUCUACAGUACAGCAUGCAGACAAAAGAGAAACAAAGCCCAUCUCUUAUAAAGCAGCUUAUCGUAAAUAUAUGACAGUGCCCGCACGCAGGUCCAUACCUAAUGUUACUAAGAGCACAGGAGUUCAGACCUCACCAGAUCUUAAAAAGUGUUACCAGACAUUCCCUUUGGACCGCAAAAAAGGGAAUAUUAUUAAAAGCGUCUCAGCUGUUGACACCUUUAAGAGUCAAAACAAUGGAUUUUUAAUAGAUAUUAAGGAUGAAGAUAGUAAAAACUCAGGGGAGGCUGCUCAUUGUAGCAAGGUCAGUGACCUAAAGACAGCAGAGUUUAUUUCCCAUACUCAUGAACGCAUGAAUGCAGUAGAUCAGCCUUCUAGUGACAACUGUUCAGAGGCAUGUAAAAGCACUGAUUUGCACAGCUGUACUAAAGAACCUCCUUCUCUUCAAAACUCAGCAGACUCUACUUCAGAAGAGCCUGAUUACCAGCUGCACGAUAAUGCAAAACAUGAUACAGUGCCUCUGGAUAAUGAGGAAUCUAAUCAAUCAGCACAUGGGAAAGUGUUUAAGACGGAAGUAGCUACAAUUUAUUUACCUGCAUCCAGUUCACAUGCCACACAGCCUGACCCGCAAAACUCUGCAGCAGAGACUGAAUGGUCACUAAGCCCAGCAACAGAUGAGGAAAAAAAGAGAACUGUGCAUCUUAAUGGUCUGCAAUCCCAGUCAGUAAAUGCUCAGGCCUGCUCAACACAGGCACAGUGCCAAUCAGCCGAAUGUAAUGAACAGACCCUUCAGAUAAAUGUUUCACCUAUGGAAGAAAACCAGCCUUGUCAGACAGCAGUUGCUGUGAGUGAAGAAUGCCAACAAAUUGUGCCUCACACAGAAGUGGUAGACUUGAAAGCACAGCUUCAGAUGAUGGAGAAUUUAAUCAGCUCAAGCCAGGAAACCAUAAAAGUGCUGUUGGGUGUCAUUCAGGAGUUAGAAAAAGGCGAAGCUCAUAGAGAAGGGCUUUCAUAUCGGACUGGUCAAGACACAGCUAAUUGUGACACAUGCAGGAACAGUGCAUGUAUUAUCUAUAGUGUGGAGUUGGAUUUUAAACAGCAGGAAGACAAACUACAGCCGGUUCUGAGAAAACUUCAUCCUAUUGAGGAAACUCAGGUUGCACCUUUGCCUUAUUCUCAGGAGAGUUACUCCUCAACUCCCAAACAAAAAUCCAAAACUGAAUCAAAAAAGCAUGGAAGAUGGAAACUCUGGUUUCUUUAACUAAGUCCAUUAGCUAUGGAGUUUAAGGCCUUCUUUGAAACAUAUUUGGAAUUCAGUUAAUCAUCUAAAAAGGGAUCUUGGUAAUUGAUCAGUGUUAUUAGCCACUGUUACUCUGGUUAUUAUGGGCAGCAUUCAGUUCUCACCAUAUGUACCAAAAAGGCCUUUGUACCUAUAAACUAAUGUUCAUGAGCAAGGCAUUAAAUCAUACCUUGCCAACUUUUAUUUGCAGUUCACCAAUGUGGGAUGUAAAAUCAGAAUUGAAAUUUGUAUAGACAAAGAUGACAAGCAAAACUAUGUUCCCACCACCACCACCCUCCUUAGAUCUGCAAGUGUUACGUUUCAACCUGGUAAAUGGCAUCCUGCACACAGCUAAAAUAACUAUUUUUAAGCCUUUUUAUGUUCUGUUUCAUUUUAAACAUUAAUAAGGAAAAAAUGCAAGCCUUGUGUUUGCAAAGAUCUUCAAUUUUACAUUUAAUUUUCCAAAUAGGUGGGGGUCAUGAGAAGUGCAAUUUUUAGCACAUAAUAUCCUGGAGAAAGCACAACUUUUCAAAUGGUCCAAGACCAUGAAUAAUCUCUAUGAUGUGACUAUAUAUGUGUAUUUGCCUUCAUGUGCUGUAGAGUUAAACCAAGUUAUUACAUCUCAGCGUCAUAUUGACACCUCUAAUUUAGUGUCAUAUUUAUCACCGGACUUAUGACAUAUUUACUGCUCAUUUUAAAGGAUGAGCAGCCAGAAACCACCCGAAGUCAGGACACACCUUUAAUCGCUAAAAGUUGACAGGGUCGAAGCUAUGGGACACUAAGCUUUCUUAGAUCUCAUUUUUAUAUUUUGGUACCCAAAGGCCAAAAUGCUAUAUUCUGGCACAGAAUAUGAAAAAAAUAAUAUGGAUAAUAGUAAAAUGAUAGAUUGUUGGCAGUUGCCACACUUUAAAUCCUUUUUGUAAUUCAAUCGUCAGAAAAACUGUACACUAUUGUAGAGGGUGCUAGAAAUUUCAUAGUACGCAUUAUGCUUUAUUACAAGAGUUCAGAAGGGCCUGGAAACUUUAAUAGUUAUUUAUUUAGCUGAGCUUCUAAGAUCAAUUUCCAGACCAACAUAAUAUCAUUUAUAUUAAAGUAAUAUAUUAACUGUACUAUUCAAUCACACUUAGGGGGGAAAGCUGUGAAUCAAAUUUCUUCUUAGAUUUUUAAAAACAGUAACACUUUAAAUCCACUAUCAGUUAUACACUGCAAUCUUUUCCCUUUCCAUAUUAAGCACUGUCAUUAAAAAACCCUAAUCUAGGUGACCAUCUGGAAAACUCUUGUAAUGACAGGGAUUGGGAAUUUUGUUUCUUUUUUCUUUUAGUUAAAUCAUUUGAGUAGUGCACACUCACGUGACAAAAACUGGGAUACAAGGUACUGGCUCUGCAAUUUCAUAUCCCAAGGCAGCAUUAAGAUGUGAAUUUUUCAGUCUUUAGAUGCAGCAAAAAGGUGGAAUAAAUGAAUCCCUAACAGAAGAGUCUGCACCUACUAAAUAAACUUAGAGAUGUUUAUGUUCAACUCUUUUUCCCCCCUUACCUCAACAUCAAAUCCAUUUUUAAGUACUAUUAAUUCUACAAAGAUCCUGAAGCAAGCAGUGUGGUCUUUGUCU